AUGGGAGGAUUGUUUGACGGGGCAAAUGACACUAGGCACUGGGAGAAUAAUAUAAGUUGCUGCGAAUCUUGCGAUCAUGAUGAACCUAAGACUCGUCGUGAGAGCCGUGGCCACUGUCAUGAUAACCAAUCGUCCAUAAACAAUAGGGAUUCCAGACGACGCCAUCCAAAUCCUGCGAGGUCACAACCCCAGUGUCGAGUCCACUGGAAAGAUCAGCCUGAACUAGAGCAGGAAUCAGACUGGGAUAAUGGAUGGGAGUCGUAUGAUACAGAGUCCACUGCAAGCUCCGACCGUGUCUGCCGAGGAUAUAGAUAUUAUCGAUCAAGUGGGCCUACCAAUCCGAUCCCUAGGCAGGAAGCUGGGGAAUCUGAUAGCCCUCGUUCUUGCAUGCGUGAACAUCGCUCUAAGCCAAGACAAUACCUCCCUUACAGGGCAACACAAGAUCAAAGCUCCAGAUGGAAGAUUCGGAAAGGUUCGGGGAAACUAGCUUCAGAAGAGCCCAAGGAACCCCAGAAUCUCUUAUCUGAAGAAAUACACAGCGGUACCCGUGGAUGUGCUCCUUCCAUUGUUCUCAAUGUUAACUCAGCCCAACCGGCACAGGAGGUGAAACCAGUAAUCAAUCAUACUUGCCACCAGUGUGCUCACCCAAAGUGUUGUGUGACAGAUGAUACCACAGAUGAUGGCUGCUAUAUAGUUUCUAACAAUAAACGAGUUAGCAGACGCUGCCACCAUCAUAAGCGGAGCCGUAAUCAUUGCACGCACGGAGAGAAAAGCCGAGAGUCAAACAGCCAUGAUAAUACCCUAUCAACGAAUGCCGAUACUGGUGCAGGAAAUAAAGACGGUGAUUUAAAUACCUCAAAUGAAAACCAGGAUAAUAAUGGUUCAUCCUGGGAUAAUGAUAAUGAUCAAGGUAAUUCAAAUUGGAAUAAUGACAACAAUGGGACUUCUGCUGGCUGGAAUAACCAGGACAAUCAAAAUAAUACUACGAACGACAGCUGGGAUCAAGGACAAGGAGACCAACAAAAUAAUAAUGAUAAUACAGACGAUUGGGACAAAGGCAAUACCAGCUUCGAUUCUAAUGCCCAAGGCCAGCAACAAGAUACUUCCUGGGACAACGGCAAUAAAUCUAAUGGCCAAGAGUGGAUGGCACGAGAUGUAACAACGGGUAAUGGCGAUGCCCCAGCAGCUGGCUGGCUAAACAAUAAUUCCAGCGACAACCAUGGGAACAAUAACGAUGGCCAAUGGGCUCCUAUGGCUAGCCCAAAUAAUGGAUAUAACAAUCCUCAGCCAGGUCCAUCAAGCCCACCUACGAUUCCAGUCCAAGCUCAGGGCCCAAUAUGGGAGUCCCCACCACCCAUCCAAAGAGUUCAUACGCUAAUUACUCCGUUUUGUCAGGGGCCAGAAGCUAGUGAGCCUCCGUUAUAUACUGUUCCUGAGCAAGUUGCGCAAGAAAGAUCGCUAUCUCACCAAGUGCAGGUUGGUAGAUCUUCAAGGUACUCUCAUAAAAUCAAAGUACCACAGUAUCUUGAUACAAUGGAGGAGCCUUACGCAAAAUUCAUUUUCAAAUAUCGGGUCAAAGGCAAGUACACUUCUAAAAGCACUCUUUGCCGCCAGCAUACACCUAACAUAUGCUUGACCAGGUGUUGUUGA